CAAGCAUCGUCCUGGGGCAGAGCGCCCGGUCCGAACGGUGGGGCCAUGGUGUCGGUACCUGCUCGGCCCAUCGAAGCAAUCACAUACUGCAUCAGAAAGCGAUGUGCAUGGAGAGUGGUGCUCCUUGGAGACGGUGAUCUUAAUUCGGGACUUCAAGAGACUCAGCCGACUGCAGCGUUCUCGGCUCCAAGGAAUCAUGGAUCACAGUUCUCAGGAUCUGGUUGAGUUCUGAGGUGACCACGAACACCGGAGGCCUCUGGCCUCGCCUCGCCCCCCCCCAAAACCGUCUGGAUUUUCGAGCGCUUCUUCAGACCGAUCCAGAUCGAAGGCCAACGCGAAUGGACGACCCGAGGUGGCGAGGUCCAACGUGAAAACACUUCGCCCUGCGAGAUCCGCCGCGCGCCGCGCGCCGCGCGCGCCGCGGAGCCCGCGAUGGACGCCCUCUUCGCGUGGUUCCAGGGCCUGGGCUCCGAGGCCUCGCCGCUGCAGGUGCACGAGGUGGCGCCGGCGACGGCCGCGGGCGCUGCAGGUGCUGGCGCGGAGGGUGCUGCGAUCAAGAUGAUUCCAGCAUUGAGCGACAACUACAUGUAUUUGAUCGUGAACAACGCCACGAAGCAGGCUGUGGCGGUGGACCCCGUGGACAGCAAGAAGAUGCUGGACUGUUGCACGAUGUUGUCAGUUGAUCUGGUGGCGGUGCUCACGACGCACUACCACUCGGACCAUUCAGGCGGCAAUGCGGCGCUGGCAGCUGCUCUGCCCAGCCUCGAGGUCGUCGCCGGGGAGAAGGAUGCGGAUCGCACCCCCGCGGUGACGCGGCGCGUGGCCGACGAGGAACGCUGCCACUGGGCAGGGCUCCAAUUCCGCUGCCUGGCCACGCCGUGCCACACUCGCGGCCACAUCUCCUACCUGCUGGAAGGGCAGUCGCCGGGGCUGUUCUGUGGAGACACCUUGUUCGUGGCCGGCUGUGGCCGCUUUAUGGAAGGCACGAGCGCCACCAUGAAGGCGAGCCUUUCGAAGUUCCUGACGCUCCCCGAGACCACGCGGAUCUUCUGCGGACACGAGUAUACGGUGGGAAACCUUGAGUAUGCCCUGUCCCUGGAGCCUUCCAACACUUUGCUGAAGGAACGUCUCCAGGAGGCUUGUGAAAAGCGACGGCAGCAGCUCCCCACAAUACCCUCAACCUUGGCGGAGGAGCUCCAGCAGAAUCCCUUCCUCCGUGCAGCCCAGAAGGGCUGCAGCGACGAAGAGAUGAGCCAGUUGCGGCGGGGCAAGGACACCUUCACCACACUGGGGACGGUGAUUACUUGGGUCUUAGAUGUGAAGAGCUUCUUCAAGCCGGACGGUUGAGCCGCCGCGCCGGGCGGUUCGGACGGUUGAGGAGCAGGUGCAAAAAAAGGGU